AAAGCAACGAGCAGAACCGAGACACGCUGCAGAGUUUCACGGCAGAACCAAACCGCUCUGCUCACUUCAGCUGUUUCUGGAGGUUUUCCUGCAUCUGCAUGAAAAAUGUUCCGUCAGCUGCACGGAUGUUUGUUAAUAUGAACAAAGAGUCCUUCUGGAAACAGCAAACUGAGUCUGAGCUCAUCCAGUCUGAAUUUAAAGAGAAUUUUAUACGUUUUGGUGAGUCUUGUUAUUGAAAAGAAAUCUGAAAAUUAGUGGACAUGGCUGAAAAAAUUGCUGUUGUUGAAAGUUUCCUGAGUUGCCACGUGUGUUCAGAGACUUUCAGAGAUCCUGUAUCUCUGAGCUGCAACCACAGUUUCUGUUCAAGCUGCCUGCAGAAAUUCUGGGAACAAGCUAAAAACAAAAACUGUCCGAUCUGUAAAAGAAAAUCCUCAAAAGACAUUCUGGGAAUAAACUUUACACUGAAGGAACUGGCUGACUUCUUUGCUGGGAGACAGAAAAACGAAAUAAUGGAAACAGAAAAAGUGGAGAAGAAAGUGGAGGUGGUGUGCAGUAAGCAUUCAGAAGAACCUAGAUUGUUCUGUAAAGAGGAAGACAGAGCUGUUUGUACUGUCUGUGAGUUUUCUCUCCACCAGAAUCACAAAGUGGUUCCUAUAGAACAAGCAGUCAGUGACCUGAAGGACCAGCUGAAAUCUGAAUUAAAGUCUCUGCAGGACAAGAGGGACAAAUACAAACAAGUGGACAAAAUGUACAAUGAUGUGAUUCAACACACCACGAAGCAGCUGUUGUCCACAGAGAGGCAGAUCAGAGCAGAGUUCAACAAGCUCCACCAGUUCCUGAAAGAGGAAGAGGAGUCCAGACUGGCAGCUCUGAGGGAGGAAGAGGAGCACAAGGGGAAGACUAUCAGCAGAGAGAUGAAGAGGAUUCAGGAGCACAUCUCCUCUCUGUCAGACAGCAUCUCUGCUGUUGAAGAAGAGCUGCACAAACACAAGGUGGCGUUCCUCAGCACUUAUAAAGACACUCAAACCAGAGCCAGAGCCCACAGCUCACUGUCAGAUCCACAGCUGCUCUCAGGAGCACUGAUAGAUGUGGCCAAACACCUGGGAAACCUGUCCUUCAGAGUCUGGGAGAAGAUGAAGGACAAGGUCCACUUCAGUCCUGUCAUUCUGGACCCAAGCACUGCAAACUCCUGGCUCUAUCUGUCUGAUGAUCUGACCAGUGUGAGACACGGAGACACAGAGCAGCAACUUCCUGAUAAUCCAGAGAGGAUCACUCUGUAUCCUGAAGUUCUGGGCUCUGAGGGCUUCAGUUCAGGGAAACACAGCUGGGAGGUGGAGGUGGGAGAUCAUCCUCGAUGGAAUGUGGGUUUGGUGAAAGAAUCGGCCAACAAGAAUGAAGAGUCAACAUCACCAGAAAAUGGAUUCUGGUGUUUAGAGCAUGGUGAUGGAGAAUACAUGAAUGGUGCUGAUCAGACUGUCAUAGUGAAGAAGAGUCUCCAGAGGAUCAGAGUCCAGCUGGACUAUGACAGGGGGGAGGUGUCCUUCUACCACCCUGAAGACAUGACUCACAUCUACACUCACAGAGACACUUUCACUGAAAAACUCUUCCCAUAUUUCCAUAUUGGACCGUCUGGUGAUGCCAAAACUGCUGAUAUCAAAAUCUGUCACUCUGAGAUUUCAUUGUAAUAUUCUGGGAUGUGAUCAGUUUUAUUGUGUAAUAUUUAGUCAUUUCCAGUUUGUUCAUUAAAUUUCAGAAAAUGUUCUGUC